CACAAGAGAGAAAAGCUGCCGGACAGAUCGGAGAGCAGCAGUUGGAUAAUUCAAUCUGACAUUCAUCAUCAAUUCCUGGGAAGGAUCAAAACUCCUUUCCAGCAUGGCCAUCUCCAGUCAUUCCAACGUUCUGUCCAGUGGCAAUGAAACAGAAGAUAAAGAAAGCGUUGUGAGCAAUGACUUUUCCACGGCCUCGGGUGCCCUCAUCCUCAGUUUGGUCUUCCUCCUGGGCGUCCCUGGCAACCUCUUCAUCGUCUGGAGCAUCCUGGCUCGCAUCAAACGACGCUCGGUCACCACCCUCCUCAUCCUGAACCUGGCGUGUGCCGACGGUUUCCUCAUGGCCCUCACCUUCUUUUUCAUCGUCUACCUGGCCAUGCAGACGUGGGUCUUUGGCGAUGCCAUGUGCAAAGGCUUGUUCUACCUGUGCAACAUCAACAUGUACGCCUCCAUCUUUCUGAUCACGCUGAUGAGCGUGCACAGGUUCGUGGCUGUGGUGAUGUCGAGGGGAAUGUCCUCCCUGAUCACCAUGAAGAUUGUGAGGAGGGUGAUCGCAGGGAUGUGGGUGCUGGUGGUGGUCAUUUCUAUCCCCUCACUGGUGUUUCGGGACGUCAGAGUGGACCCAGACGAUAAUACAACAAGACUGGUGUGUGCGCCCAAUCACACACAGCCUCGACAUGUGCGGUUUCAGUAUGCCUUUGAGACGGUGGCCGGAUUCAUUCUCCCUUACACCAUCAUCAUAAUCUCAUACGUCCUCAUCCUGAGACGCCUGAGGCAGACCAAGUUCCGCCGAAAGGUCCGGAGCGAGAAACUCAUCCUGGCUAUCGUGGUGAUGUUUGGCAUUUUCUGGCUGCCGUACCAUGUCAUCAACAUGAUUCAGGUGGCAGCUGAGUGGUACCCUAAAGAUUCACCAACAAGAGAUAUAUUGAAUCGUAUCACUAAGACCAGUCGGGCAGUGACUUCGGCGUUGGCCUUCAUCAGCAGCUGUGCCAACCCCGUCCUCUACACCUUCGCUGGGAAGUCCUACAUCAAGAAGAAUGGAUUUGCGUUCAUGGCUCGGCUCUUUGAGGGCACAUCAUUGGACCAGACAGGAAACAAAAAGAGUAAAGAGACUGUGGGACUCAGUAAUGUUGAGUCCGCAAACGAAUCCGUAACAGGAACUAGUAUUUCACAAAAUGGGAGAUGAGCGUUGAAUGGACUUUUUGCAUCAAUGAAAGUAUCAGACAGUGAAAAUCUCUAUAAAGACUUGUGGAGCGUGUAUAUUUUGGUUAAAGCAACAUUUGAGAAAAGCAAGUAUUUUGUUUUGUAGAUAAUAUUGUGUUCUAAGAAACUUGAGUUUGACUGGUAAACAGAUGUGCAAGGACAAAAAAAAAAAGUAAUGUUUGUACCUGACCUGUAAACCAGAACUGUAAAUACUUUUUAAAAUUUAUUUUUUUACAUUUUGUCAGUUACAGAAAAUAAUUAAGUCAUUAAAUGGGUUCCCACUGACGUUUAUAAACAAAUUCAAUAACCCACAGUAUCUGCUUACAACUACAUUGUUCUGAACUAUUGAACAUCCUUAGUGCUUAUAAAUGCUUAAUAGGAUUCAAACCGGCCCUUUGGAUUAAUUACAUUUCUAAAGAACAAAAGACAACUGAGCUUAUAGUGUUUAUAUUACAAAUAUGCAUUUCUUCAUAAACUCCCCAAAUACAUUAGUUUGAACAGUCUGUAAACUAUAAUCUUGCAAUU